AUGAUCUGUUUAGAGCUACAGUAUAUGGGCUUCUUAAUAUUUUUACUUUUCUGUAAUAUUAGUAAUGGCCAAAGGAUUGCAGUCCAGAAGUGUAACGAGUAUCGCAAUAUUAUUACGGAGACACACCAGAUCAUACAUCUGCUGCUCAAUCCAACGCCAAUUAGGUUAAAAGUGUUUAACUGUACAAACGAACUGCGCCUGAUUGUGGGUGGAGAGCAGGCCGGUAAGGGUGAGUUCCCGCAUCAGGCGCUGCUAGGCUAUCCCAAGCAGAACGACCCUUCGGACUAUGAGUUUCUGUGCGGUGGUACACUGAUCAGUGAGCAGCACGUCCUGACGGCAGCUCAUUGCUUUUCCGAUCGCGACCCAACGGUGGUACGGCUCGGCGAGCACGACACCACGUCACGGUCGAACGAGGAGCUCCAGCUCAAGAUCGCUCGUAUACGGCGACAUCCUCGCUACCCACGAAGCCAACCGUACGAUGAUGUAGCUUUAAUACGGCUUGAGCGACCCGUGCCGCUGAGCAAACACAUACGACCUGCAUGUCUGUGGGAUUCGCCGUACCGUACUACCUCAAAGUUCAUUGCAUCUGGGUUCGGGCGGCGAGAUUUCUUCGAUACGGAACUGUCGCCAGCGCUGAUGAAGGUACAGCUGGACGAAUUCCCGAGGGAGAGAUGUCGGCAGCACUUCCAGCGGCUACGCCACGGAGUACGCCCGGGUCAGCUAUGUGUCGGAAGCGUAACAUCGAACAAGGACACUUGUCAGGGAGACUCGGGUGGUCCGUUGCAGCUAGUGUCCAAUGAGACGACCUGCACAUACCACAUUGUUGGCAUCACGUCUCUUGGUGGGGCCUGUGCAUAUGGGAAAUCGCUUGGCAUCUACACGGAGGUGGCACAUUAUCUGGAUUGGAUAGAAGACAAUGUUUGGGGCUCUAAUGUACUGUAG